AUGAAAUUUUUAUUUCUUAAACACACAGUUAAGCAUGAUAAGUCUGAACAAACAGACAUUACUCCAGAGGAAUUCGAACUAGAUGAUUGUUUACUUGAGAGUAAUGAUAUCGUUAUCACUCAAAAUAAGGAUGGAUUUGUACUACAUGUCAAGAAAUUGGGUAAUAUAACUGCAUCUAAGAUACCAACUACUGAUGAAGAACAAGUGGCAGCAGCUGCCGUGGCUGCUGCUACUGGAAACCAAACAGCACAUUUAACUGAAGUACAUGACGUUUGUGAACCAAAAUCAACUCUAACCACUUUAACCAAUCAGGGUAUUAAACUGCCAUCUGCAGAAUGUGAGCUUAUCAACUUAAAAAAAAUAACAACUCUUGCUACACAUCCAAAUACCACAAUUAUUCAACCACAAACGAUACAUCAACAUCAAGCCCAACAACAACAACAACAACAACAACAACAACAACAGCAGCAGCAACAACAACAACAUCAUCAAAUUCACCAUCAGGAGUUACAACAACAACUGCAACAUCAUCCACAAGUACAAAGUAUAGUCACCACACAUCCUCAAUCAGCUUCAGGUGUACAACAACAGCAAACGAUUAAUUUGAUGGGUCUACGUAAUGUCCAAAUAACAGAACAAAAACCAAUUGUGUCAAGGAUUAAAUAUUCUCGUGGUAAAAUUAUAACACCACAAACGAAUCUACAAAUUGUUGAAGCACAUGAUGCAGGACAACAUCAACAUGAUUUAACCGAAGGCACAAAGUAUGAGAUAAGUGAAAUUGACUUAAAUAAUCCAACAACGUCCGCUGCAAUAAUAAGUGAUUUUGUUAAAUAUGCCGAAAUUGAUGAUAUCGAAUUACCAGACGGUACGAAAAUUGGCAUUGGCUUUGCGCCCACCGAAAUCACGGAUCAUAUUCAAAACACAACAGGAUCUACACAAAUAACCACAGUUGACGAUUCAGAUGUUGGACACCAUCAACAAAUGCAACAAACCCAACCUCAUCACAUACAACAACAUCAUCAAACACAGCAUUUGCAUUUACAUGAACAUGAUGACGCAACCACCAGUGUUGAGGCAACAAUUUUGCCUGAAGGUAUUACCAUACAUGAACAACCAAGAAUUACAAAAAGUUAUACCAUCUUAACGACUCGCCCUAUUAAACAAGAACAAUCAGUAACACUAGAUACAAGUGCAAAUACAUCAUAUGAACUGUCACUAAGCGAUUCAUCUUUGGGGCAUCCGGAUGAUCCAGAAUCAAAAUAUAUCUGUCGACAUUGCGGCAAAAAAUACCGCUGGAAGUCGACAUUGCGUCGUCAUGAGAAUGUUGAAUGUGGUGGUAAAGAACCAUGUCAUCCCUGCCCAUAUUGUUCAUAUAAAGCAAAACAACGUGGUAAUUUAGGCGUUCAUGUGCGAAAACAUCAUCCGGACAGGCCACAUCUAGAAAGUAAGCGCGGUCGUAAGCCUUAAAUUAGUAAAAACAAAAACAACAACAAAAACAACAAAAUAUGAAUUAAGUUUUGAUUUAACUUUUAGUAUAUUUAAAAUGAAACAAAACUAAUUAAAUAUCAAUAUAAAUUCUUUAAAAUAUUAUUGAGUUUCCCAUGCUCCCUUAAUAGCAUAAUAUCAGUUAUGAUUAUUCAGUAGAAAUGAUUACUCAAGUUUAGAUAUAUGCAUAGAUGCUUAAUGCCAAAAUAUAUUUGAACAUAAUUUUUUUUAAAUCACAGAAACGUAAUCAACCAUGAAUAUAAAAAAUGUUUGGGAAACUUAAAUUGCCUCUCACCAUAAACUGUUUCUUACAUUUUUUUUUAUAAAUACAUCCAGUUAAUUUUCAUUUGUAUACUAACUUUUAAGAUAAUUGUAAUAUAACUUAAUAGACAAAGCUAAGAAGUGACAAAGUAUUUUUAUUUAGUUUUUAGAGAAUUAAGAAAAAGCCACAGGAAGGGCUAUUGCUUUAUAUUAUU